AACGGAGAGUAGAGUUCGCUGUCAGGAGUUUAGUGAUAGUCUCUGGAGAGGCGGAUAGAGAAUGGGCUGCGGCUCUAGCAUGCCGGUAGUCCCUGGCGAGGACGUCCCGACCAAGACAGUCUACCUGAGUGUCAAGGGGGAGAGCAAGUCUGUGGCAUUCUCCUCCGACUGCACCUCACAGGAGGUGAGAGAGGUCCUCAAAUCUGCUGCCAAGCUAAACAGAACACCACAGAACAUGUUAGCGGUGUUUUAUUAGUUUCUCCUGGGAUCACCGUGGCAACACCGGAAUUCAAUAGCCGUUAAUAAUGUUUAUGUUUGUUGUUGUGUGAAUGUCAGAUGACAACGUGUUAUAGAAGUGGAGAAGAUAUUGCAUGCGUGAAUACAUGCAUACGAUGCCUGGAGGUGGUCCAUAUGAUAUUGCCAUACAUUCUCUAUUGAGCUGUGUCAUGUUCCUAUGACAUAUCAUUACGUCACCUAUUGCAAGUAGACUGAUGUCUGUCUUGUGUCUGAUUGGAGGGUGCAAAGGGCAAGUGUGUGAUGCAGAAUACUACUGUCCCUCAUGUUAUAAACAUUGUUUGAACAAUGGCGUUAAAAGAAAAUUGCGUCAGAAAACUGUUAAGCACAGUGUAUGGCAUGUAAGAAUGGUAGUGGUGUCUAUAGGAUGGCA